CACUACACAUCAAAUUGGCGCGAAUUGCAGAACAAUUCUUUAUUUUCGCAUAAACAAUAAACAUGCAGAAGUCGAUAACAUCGUUUUUUAAGCCAAAAACCGAAGGCGCUGAAGUGCCGGUGACACCAAAGAAAGAAAAGUCUGCACCCAAAAUAAUUACGAAAGAAGAGUCUCCACCGGAAGCAAAGAAGCCAAAAAUUAAAAGCGAAGAUGAAGAGGACACUGAGAAUAUCAAGAUGGAAACCAGCCAAGACGAGACGAAAGUUCAGCCAAAAACAGAACCGAAAUCUCCUGCUGCAAAAAAGGUGACACCAAUGCAGUUGAACUCCGCAGCACCAGUUAGCCAGGAGGAGGAAGAAAAUUAUGACCCCUCAAUGGAAACCUAUCAUCCGCUAAAACAUGCCUACUGGAAAGCCAAAGGAGUGACACCGUAUUUGGCCUUAGCUCGGACAUUUCAGGUUAUAGAAGAAACUAAGGGGCGCCUAAAGAUGAUCGAUACCCUUAGCAACUUUUUCUGUUCCGUAAUGUUGGUCAGCCCGGAGGAUCUCUUGCCCAGCGUUUACCUUAGUAUUAACCAAUUGGCUCCCGCCUAUGAAGGUCUUGAACUGGGCGUAGCAGAUACCACAUUAAUGAAGGCCAUAUGCAAAGCGACUGGUCGCAAUUUGGCACACAUUAAAUCUCAGACCCACUUGACCGGCGAUCUGGGCAUAGUGGCUGAACAAUCUCGAGUUUCCCAGCGUAUGAUGUUCAGACCAGCACCUCUGAAUCUACGUGGUGUAUUCCAAAAGCUCAAGGAGGUUGCGAAGAUAUCGGGCCAGUCCAAAAUGACUCUUGUCUAUGAUGUAUUCGUUGCCUGUCGCCUAUCGGAGGCUCGCUUUUUUAUUCGUUCGCUAAUUGGCAAGUUGCGCAUAGGCAUUGCAGAGCAGAGUCUUCUAACAGCUCUAGCACUUGCUCUGGUUAAAAAGAACCACCACGAAGAAUGCAAACUCAACAAAGUUGGCGAUGUGUACAAAGAUGAAAUAGCUGAGACAACAUUGUUGCUGAAAACCACUUAUUGUCAAUGCCCAAACUAUGAUAUCAUCAUUCCUGCAAUUUUAAAGUACGACAUAAAGGAGCUUAGCACCCGUUGUCCCAUGCACCCAGGAAUGCCACUAAGGCCGAUGUUGGCGCAACCAACGAAGGGUGUUCAUGAAGUUUUGGAACGUUUUGGUGGAAUGCACAUUACUUGCGAGUGGAAAUACGAUGGUGAACGAGCACAGAUUCAUUGCAAUGAGCAGGGAGAGAUUAGCAUUUUCUCACGCAAUUCCGAGAAUAAUACGGCAAAAUAUCCAGAUUUGAUUGCCAGAAGUAAAAACUUUAUCAAAAAGCCGGUGGAAACCUAUAUUAUUGAUAGUGAAAUUGUUGCCUGGGAUGUGGAAAGAAAACAGAUUUUACCUUUUCAAGUGCUUAGCACAAGAAAGAGAAAGAAUGUGGAUAUCGACGAGAUAAAGGUUCAAGUCUGUGUAUAUAUAUUUGAUUUACUUUAUAUCAACGGCAUGGCCCUGGUGACGAAGCCGUUGUCCGAGCGUCGAAAGCUUCUGUUGGAGCAUUUCCAGGAGGUCGAGGGUGAAUGGAAAUUCGCCACUGCUUUGAACACAAAUGACAUGGAUGAGGUGCAACAGUUUCUGGAGGAGUCAGUCAAAGGCAAUUGUGAAGGACUCAUGGUGAAGACUUUGGAUGAAGAGGCGACAUAUGAAAUUGCCAAAAGAUCAAGAAAUUGGUUAAAACUAAAGAAAGAUUAUCUUUCCAAUGUGGGCGACUCAUUGGAUCUUGUAGUAUUGGGUGGCUAUAGAGGCAAAGGACGUCGAACUGGUACUUUUGGCGGCUUUUUGCUUGCUUGCUACGAUGCUGAGAAUGAGGAAUAUCAAAGUAUCUGCAAAAUUGGAACAGGUUUCACAGAUGAAGACUUAAAAGUCCAUUCGGAAUCGUUGGGAAAAUCUGUCAUUAGUGGUCCCAAAUCUUAUUACAGAUACGAUUCCAGUCUUGAACCGGAUGCAUGGUUUGAACCAGUCCAGGUGUGGGAGGUAAAAUGUGCUGAUCUUUCGCUUAGUCCGAUUCAUCGUGCUGCCAUUGGCAUUGUCGACAAUGAACGUGGCAUAUCCUUGCGAUUCCCUCGAUUCAUACGUAUACGCGAUGAUAAGAGCAGCGAGAAUGCCACAGAUGCUCAACAGGUGGCCAAUAUGUACCAGUCACAGGAUCAGGUUAAAAACAAUCAAAAAAUAUGCACCCAAAUGGAUAUGGAGAGUGAGUUCUACUGAUCCAAAAGCAACAUACACAAUGGAUUUAUUUAAUAAAGAAAAAUUUAUACAUUCA